CGCGCGCGUAUGAAGUCGGACCCCAGUCACUUCACCUCUCUCCCGGUUCACAUCCCUAGCUUCCUCGUCUCUUCACUUCGGACUUCUGCUUAACAAGUACGCUCGCCGGAGAUUUCUGAUACAACCAGUACAACCUUCUUCUGCUAAUUAGCCUUUGCGAAAAUGGAAACUGGAAAAAAUUGCAGCCGGCAGCCGGAGGUGCUGUGGGCUCAGCGAUCCGACAAGGUCUACUUGACCGUCUCUCUUCCGGAUGCCAAAGACAUCUCCGUCACGCCGGAGGCGGCAGGACUCUUCGCUUUCUCCGCGGUCGGCGCACAGGGAGAACCCUUCUCCUUCUCUCUCCAGCUCUACGGCAAUAUUGCCCCCCAGGCUUGUAAAACCAAUAUUGGUUUGAGGAACAUUCUAUGCUCAGUUCAGAAGGAGCAAAAGUCUUGGUGGCCAAGAUUAUUGAAGUCGGAAGAAAAGCCUGCUCCAUACAUUAAGGUUGAUUGGAACAAGUGGUGUGAUGAAGACGAUGAAGAUUCUUCUGAUGUGGCCCUUGAUGAUGAUUUUGCGUAUGCUGGCGGUGAAGAUGAUGAGAGCAGUGAUGAUGGAGGAAUGCUUUAUCUUCCUGACCUGGAGAAAGCUAGAGGAAAUUAACACAAUACUAUGAAUCUUCCAGAAGCACAAGCAGCCACGUCCUAGAGGCUGCUUUUAACAACUUGGCUUGUGUAACAAAUUACCAAGACAGUCUUACUGAAACAUGUAGAUGUUGCUCGUUUUCGAGGAUUAUUAACUGGCUAUAUUUCAGACAUAUAUAUGAUUGUAUGAUAUAUCCUUCCCCUCCCUCUCAA